AUGGCCAUCUGCUAUCCUAUGGCCGUGGACCUUAAUAAGGGCCACAAGGUUACCAAGAGCGUUUCGAAGUCGCGACUCUCCCGCCGCCGUGGGCGCUUGACCAAGCACACCAAGUUUGUGAGAGAUGUGAUCCGUGAGGUAUGUGGAUUUGCUCCUUAUGGAAGACGUGCAAUGGAAUUGUUAAAGGUCUCAAAGGAUAAACGAGCUCUUAAGUUCAUCAAAAAAAGGGUAGGAACUCACAUCCGGGCCAAGAGGAAGAGAGAGGAGCUCAGCAAUGUCCUAGCUGCCAUGAGGAAGGCUGCUGCCAAGAAGGACUAAACUGGAUCCUGCUUCCCUUCCCCACCUCUACCCAAUAAAGAUUUGACAAAUAGA